AUGAAUCGCAACCCAUUAAUAUCGUGCCGGGAAAAUUGGCCAUUUUCUGAGAUUGUUAUGAAAGCCGUGCCUGGAGACAAGAUUUUCAAAUCGCGUUUUCGGGGACAUCUCGCCGCCAGCCAAUUUUGCAAGUUAUAUAUGCUUUCGGAGGUUUCGAAGUACGGUCAAUGUUGCCAGAUUUCAUCCAACCCUCAAUUAAAGCUUAAGCACAUGACCUCAUUCCUCUAG